UUCGGCGUAUGAUGUGGUCUUAAGGCAGAAGGUUGCGGUGAAGAAACUGUCCAGGCCGUUUCAGUCUCUGAUCCACAGCCGCCGCUCAUACCGGGAACUCAGGCUGCUCAAGCACAUGAAACACGAGAAUGUAAUCGGGCUGCUGGACGUCUUCACACCUGCAGCAACAUUAGAAGACUUCAAUGAGCUCUACCUGGUGACUAAUCUGAUGGGAGCAGACCUCAAUAACAUCGUUAAAUUUCAGCGGCUGUCAGACGAGCACGUGCAGUUCUUAAUUUAUCAGCUCCUCCGCGGCCUCAAG